AUGCCCACGGAGUUGGCGGGUUUACAUCUGCAAAUAAUUGUGAAAGUCAGGCAAGACGUGCGAUAUUUAGCAGCGGGUAUGACGCACUUUUUGACUGCUUCUCAAGUCCUCCCACGCGCCGCCAGCUGGAACGUGAAAAUUCACCAACUCGCGAACAAGGGGAUGAUUCUUGUGCUCCUCCCAGUCGCGAGCGUACAGAUCGUCCUCGCGGGCAAACAGCCCGUCAUUAUCCCACACAUCCCUGGCAGCCAGACCUAUGUCGGAGUCGUCGCGGUCAUGGUAAUCCGCAAGUAUAGUCGUAGCAAAGAAUGCGAGGAAAAGGAGGAUGGACUGAAUAGUACGCAUUGCAGCUUCUGUGUCUACAACCGCAAUGUUCUUGAGAAGCCGGAAGCAACAGAGCAUAGCGAGUCUGAACAUAUUUGCGUUCAGUCAGCGGCAAACGACGAGGGCUGA